CUCAGCUCAGUGAAGAUGGCUCUGUCCCAGACCGACCGUGCGCUGGUUCUCGCGCUAUGGAAGAAGAUGAGCAGCAACGUUGGAAUCUACGCGACCGAGGCCUUGGAGAGGUAUGGACCCAGUCGGGUGCCCUCGGGCUCAACUUCCGAUGGACGCGAGGCGAAGGCAGGCUCUCUACACCUCCCGUUCCGGAUGCACCCAACUCAGUCUUCCCACAGGACCUUCGUGGCUUUCCCUUCCACCAAAACCUACUUCCCGAACAUGGACCUGAGUCCCGGCUCUGGCCAGGUUAAAGCCCAUGGCCAAAAGGUGGCCGAUGCCCUGACUGUCGCUGCCCACCACCUGGACGACCUGCCUGGUUCUCUGUCUGCUCUCAGCCAUCUGCAUGCUCGCAAGCUCCGUGUGGACCCUGCUAACUUUCAGUUCUUCAACCACUGUCUGCUGGUGACUCUUGCCCGGCACUAUCCUGGAGACUUCAGCCCCAAGAUGCACGCCUCCCUGGACAAGUUUCUGAGCCUUGUGACUUCGGUACUGGUCUCCAAAUAUCGCUGAGGAUGUUUCCUAGUGUCCCAAAAAAGGUUCCA